GGGGCGCGGCUCUGGGUCGGCGGGUGCGUUUGAAUCUGGUCCGAGCGCGGGAAACGGCGGGUCCCGAGACGAGGACCAGACCUGUGUGAAGAGCAUCCUGACGCCGGGACGGAUGACUGGGUGGUGAGAUGACCCCUCACCUUGGAAGUAGCGUUCUGACCGGACGGGGACGUCCUGUGCAAGAGACAUAAGGUGGUGCCACUUUGAGAGAUAGACUGAGUGAUUACGAAAUAAAUGCCAUUUGAACAGUUUCAUCUGUCAUGGAAAAACGUGAGACAUUUGUACAAGCUGUGUCUAAGGAACUGGUUGAAGAUUUUUUGCAGUUUGUUGAACUUGAUAAAGAUGCCUCUGACCCUUUCAGCCUAAAUGAAUUACUAGAUGAAUUAUCAAGGAAACAGAAAGAAGAAUUAUGGCAAAGGCUAAAGAAUUUAUUAACAGAUUUGUUGUUAGAAAGCCCAGUGGAUGCGUGGCAGACAGUAGAAGUCCAGGGUGAAGAUAAUAUGGAAACAGAGCAUGCUUCAAAAAUGAGAAAAAACAUGAAAGUCAUUCAUGCAGUGGCCUCUGUGGUUCUUGCUUCUGUCCCUAUGAUAAAUGAAAGUGAAAACUAUGAAGCCUUACUAGAGUGUGCUGUUAUCCUAAACGGUAUUUUAUAUGCAUUACCUGAAUCUGAACGAAAACUACAGAGUUCCAUUCAGGAUUUGUGUGUUACAUGGUGGGAGAAAGGCCUGCCUGCCAAAGAAGAUAUGGGAAAGACUGCUUUUAUCAUGUUAUUAAGGAAGAGUCUUGAGACUAAAACAGGCACAGACAUAUGUCGGCUUUGGCGUAUUCAUCAAGCUUUAUAUUGCUUUGAUUAUGACUUGGAAGAAAGCAGAGAAAUUAAAGACAUGCUACUUGAAUGUUUCAUAAAUGUUAAUUAUAUCAAGAAAGAAGAGGGAAGAAGAUUUCUUAGUUCUCUCUUCAGUUGGAAUAUAGACUUUAUUAAAAUGAUCCAUGGGACCAUUAAAAACCAGUUACAGGGAUUACAAAAAUCUUUGAUGGUACACAUUGCAGAAAUUUAUUUCAGAGCUUGGAAGAAGGCUUCAGGGAUAAUGUUAGAGACCAUCGAGAAUGGGUGCGUCCAGGACUUCAUGUUCCACGGGAUCCACCUUCCCAGGAGGUCUCCAGUGCAUUCCAAAGUGCGGGAGGUGCUGAGUUACUUUCACCAUCAAAAGAGAGUUCGGCAGGGAGUGGAGGAGAUGCUUUAUAGAUUAUAUAAGCCCAUCCUUUGGAGAGGAUUGAAGGCCAGAAACUCUGAAGUUCGAUCAAAUGCUGCAUUGCUGUUUGUUGAAGCAUUUCCUGUUAGGGAUCCCAGCUUUCAUGCUAUGGAGAUGGAUAGUGAGAUUCAGAAACAGUUUGAGGAACUCUAUAGUCUUUUAGAAGAUCCUUAUCCGAUGGUCCGUUCCACAGGGAUCCUUGGUGUUUGUAAAAUAACUUCCAAAUACUGGGAAAUGAUGCCUCCAACCGUUCUUAUCGAUCUCCUGAAGAAAGUAACUGGGGAAUUGGCGUUUGACACAAGCUCAGCUGAUGUUCGUUGUUCUGUCUUUAAGUGUCUGCCGAUAAUUUUGGAUAACAAACUAAGCCACCCAUUAAUAGAACAGCUUUUGCCAACACUCAAGUACAGUCUCCACGACAAUUCGGAGAAAGUAAGAGUAGCCUUUGUGGAUAUGCUGCUGAAAAUCAAAGCCGUGAGGGCUGCCAAGUUCUGGAAAAUAUGCCCCAUGGAGCAUAUUUUGGUUCGACUGGAAACUGAUUCUCGACCGGUGUCUCGGCGCCUGGUGAAGCUCAUCUUUAAUUCCUUCCUGCCCGUGAACCAGCCGGAGGAGGUCUGGUGUGAGCGCUGCGUCACACUGGUACAGAUGAAUCACGCUGCCGCCAGGAAGUUCUACCAGUACGCCCACGAGCACACCGCCUGCAUCAACAUAGCAAAGCUGAUUCAUGGUAUCCGCCAUUGCUUAAACGCCUGCGUCCGGAGGGCAGUGAGAGCGUGUCAGGAGGAGGAGGACGACAGGGGGAAGGAGAACGUAAGCGUUCUGGACAAAACUCUGUCAGUAAACGAUGUUGCGUCCAUGGCAGGGUUACUAGAAAUCAUUGUGAUUCUCUGGAAAAGUAUUUAUAGAAGUAUGGAAAACAAUAAGGAGGCCAAAGUUUAUACCAUUAACAAGUUUGCUUCUGUGCUUCCAGAAUAUCUGAAAGUAUUUAAGGAUGACCGCUGCAAGAUCCCUUUGUUCAUGCUGAUGUCCUUCAUGCCGGCCUCUGCGGUCCCUCCGUUCAGCUGUGGUGUGAUUUCCACACUGAGAAGCCAGGAGGAGGGCUCUGGGGACAGGAGCUACUGCACUCUGUUAGACUGUCUUUGCUCCUGGGGACAAGUGGGGCACAUCCUAGAGCUCGUGGACAGCUGGCUUCCUGUGAAGCAGCCCCAGACCAAGAGUAAUUCGGCAUCUAAACGAAAAGUGCAGAUUCACGACCCGCGCCCGCUGAAGCCCGAACUGGCGCUGGUGUACGUGGAAUACUUGCUGACCCACCCCCAGAAUCGGGAGUGCCUGCUGUCUGCUCCCCGGAAGAAACUCAACCAUCUUUUGAGAGCACUUGAAUCGUCAAAGGCAGAUCUGGAAUCUCUUCUGCAGUCGCCAGGUGGGAAACCUCCUAACUUCAGUGAAGCAACCGCCCUGCGAGCCUUCAGUCUCCACUGCCGGCUGAGCAUCCAUCUUCAGCACAAGUUCUGCUCAGAAGGAAAAGUUUAUCUGUCCAUUUUGGAAGACACUGGGCUUUGGUUAGAAAGCAAAGUUUUAUCUUUGAUUCAAGAUCAAGAAGAAGAGUAUCUGAAGCUUCAUAGGGUUGUUUACCAGCAAAUUAUCCAGACUUACCUGACUGUUUGUAAAGACGUUGUUAUGGUUGGCCUGGGUGAUCAUAAGUUCCAGAUACAGCUAUUACAGCGGAGUCUUGGAAUCAUGCAAACUGUGAAGGGAUUUUUUUACAUCUCAUUACUUCUUGGCAUUCUGAAAGAGGUAACUGGAAGUUCCUUGACUCAGAAAGCAGAUUCAGAUGGAGAAAUUGUAGCGCUAUGCGAUGCUGUCCAGAAAGUAUUUCAGAAAAUGCUGGAGUGUGUUGCGAAGAGCUUCAGGAAGCAACCGGAGGAAGGCCUGCGGCUCCUCCAUUCUGUUCAGACUCCUCUUUAUGAAUUCAUAACUGCUGUUCAGUCUUGGCACAUGGACACUGCCGUUCACCGGGGCGUGCUUUCUACUCUGAUUGCUGGGCCUGUGGUUGAGAUAAGUCACCGGCUGCGAAAGGUUUCUGGUGUAGAAGAGCUUACCCCACCAGAGCGUCUUUCCGACCUUCCACCAUUUUCAAGGUGUUUAAUAGGAAUAAUAAUAAAGUCUUCGAAUGUGGUCAGGUCAUUUUUGGAUGAAUUAAAGGCAUGUGUGACUUCUGACGAUAUUGAGGGCAUUGUAUGCCUCACGGCUGUGCUACAUAUUAUUUUGGUCAUUAAUAAAGGUAAACACAAAAGUUCAAAGGUGAAGGAGGCUGCAGCCACCGUUCACAGGAAACUAAAGACUUUCAUGGAAAUCACCUUGGAAGAGGACAGCACAGAGAGAUUUCUCUAUGAAUCAUCAAUGCGAACUUUGGGAGAACUUUUGAAUUCAUAACUGAAGCAACAUCUUCAGACGUGAAAAUAGGGAAAAAGGACUCACAGAAAGUGAAAUGCAUGUGUUUUUUUCCUAGUGUUUUUAAUGUUAAUAACCUAUAUGAUAGGGAAGGGGUGGAACUUAUGGGGGGGUGUGAGUAGAGAACUCCGAAGUUCUUAAAUUUUUGCCCAGUGCCUGCAUAAAUAAUAUAUUUAAUGUAAAGGACUCCAGGUAUCAAUGGUGCAAAGAAAAAUAAGACAGUUUUCUAGCAAACCUGGUUGUUUUAAAAAUGACUUUUUAUAUAUAAAAUAUUGCUUGCAAACUAUGAGUAAUAAAGCAGUGACAACA